AUGGAGAGCUGGAUAAGUGGGAUAAGAGGUGUAGCCUAUGAAAUGGAAGACGUUAUAGACGCCAUCAAGUCCAUGCACGAGAGCCGACACCAAAGGAGAGGCUGCAUGGGCUCCAUUUCAAGGUACUCUCACAAACCUUGUGAAUUGAUCACCCACCGUAAAAUUAGUUCCGGAAUUGAGCAGAUAAAGAUCAAGAUCCAGAGUAUUUCCAAUGGCAGAGAUAGAUAUGGCAUUGCUAAUCUAGGUGAAGGUAGUGGAGUGGACGACAGUUUGCAAGCACUGAGACAAUUCCCUCCCCAUUUCUACGACGACACUGAUGUCGUAGGCUUUGAGGAUGAUAAGGAAAAAUUAGUGAAACAAUUAGUUGAUCCGGAGAACAAAAACUGCAGUGUAGUUUCUAUAGUGGGUAUGGGUGGGCUUGGCAAGACCACCCUCGCAAGAAAACUGCAUAUUGACCCAGCGAUUAGAGAACAUUUUGACACCUUUGCUUGGAUUUCAGUUUCUCAGAAGUACCGAGUUAUUGAGCUACUCAAGGAUAUCAUGAAAAAGGUGAUGGAACUCACAAAGAAGAAAGAAAGAAAUACAAGAAUUACACUAGAAGAGUUAGAGCAGAUGGGUGAAGAAGAAGUGAGAGAGCAGCUCCGUAACUUCCUACGAGACAAAAGGCAUUUGGUCGUGAUGGAUGAUGUAUGGAGUGUUGAUGUUUGGAGACAAAUGCAUCACAUCUUUUCUAAUGGAAACAACGGUAGCAGAAUACUGCUUACUACCCGUAAAAUUGAAGUUGCAAGACAUGCCGAGCCAUGGAUUCCUCCACAUGAACUGCAGCUUUUGAACGACGCACAGAGUUUGGAACUCUUCUGUAGGAAGGCAUUUCCACCAAAUCAAGACGUCCCGACUGAGCUGGAGGCAUUGGCCCAGAAGCUUGCAAAGAGGUGUGGUGGACUUCCUCUUGCACUUGUGGUGUUAGGGGGCCUUCUGUCGAGGAAAGAUCGUAGCUACGACACCUGGUUGAGAGUAGCUCGGAACAUGAAAUGGGAAUCUAGUGGAGAUGGGCAGGAAUGCCUCCGUAUAUUGGGCUUGAGUUACGAUGACCUGCCAUAUCCGUUAAAACCAUGUUUCUUGUACAUCGCUGCGUUCCCAGAGGACUCAACUAUCUCCACUUCCAAAUUGGUUAGGUUGUGGAUCGCCGAAGACACCGCAAGGGACUGGCUGGAUGAGUUGGUGCAGAGGUGCAUGAUCCAGGUUGUGGAGAGAAGCAUGGCUCAUGGGCGGGUUGAGAGCAUACGCAUCCAUGAUAUGCUGCGCGACUUUGGCCUAUCAGAAGCCGGAAAGGAUGGAUUUCUUCAUAUUUGCAGCAGCGACGACAAGGCAGUAUCUGAUGGUAUAUCGUGUCAUCGUGCGGCUUUCCACAGUCGUAUAAAUGACGAGGUUGCUGUUUUCUCACCACAUCUCCGCACUCUGCUGGGCUUCAAUUUAGUUUUGAAAGACAGUACUUCUGCGGGAAAAUUUCUGAAUGGUUUAAACUUAGUAAGAGUGUUGGAGUUCGAGGGCGCAAGAGAUUUGAAGGAGUUACCAAAACAGAUCGGGCAGCAUGAUUCAUCUACGAUACCUGGGAUUGAGAAACACUAG